GAUUGGCUGCCGCGGUGUCAACCUGCUGCUGCAGCUUCUUCUUCUUAUCUGAACUCACACUCGUUACAAUCUCCUGUUGUUCUCUCUCUCUCCUCCCGCUGCACGAGCUCCUUCAUCUUUGAAUUGUUUUGUUUCCCCACGAGAGCAUUUUGUUUAUUUAUUAUUAUUUUAAUUUUGUGUCCCUGGAUGUUUUGGUGCAGAGGCUGAAGUUUGAAUCCUGAGAUUUGAAGAUGGAUGAUUUCAUCGCGGGAUGGAUCGGCGGAGCGUCCAGUGUGGUUGUCGGUCAUCCUCUCGACACAGUCAAGACGCGACUCCAGGCAGGAAACGGUUAUAAGAACACGCUCCACUGCAUCCUCACCAUCUACAGGAAGGAAACGGUCAUGGGUUUUUUUAAGGGCAUGUCUUUCCCGCUGGCGAGCGUCACCGUCUACAACUCUGCCGUGUUCGGCUUCUUCAGCAACACGCAGAGACUCAUAAGCAAGUAUCGCCAUGGCGACGGGAGGCAUCCCUGCGACAUGCUGGACCUGACCGUGGCCAGCAUGUUGACCGGACUCAUGUCGGUGAGCCUCGGCGCCCCUGUGGACCUGGUCAAGAUCCGACUGCAGAUGCAGACGCAGGCCGUGCUCGCAGAGAACUUGAGUCUCGCUGGCAGCAUGUCAAAUGGCACCAACAUCCCUCUGGGCUCCGUCAACAUGCCCAACCAGAAACUGUACCGCGGGCCCAUCCACUGCAUCAGCAGCAUCCUGCAGACCGAGGGCCUCCCGGGCCUGUACAGAGGAGCCGGGGCCAUGAUCCUGAGGGACGUUCCAGGAUACACACUCUACUUCAUCCCCUACGCCAUGAUCUGUAACCUGCUGACGCCGGACCCCUCGUCCACUCCUCACCCGUGUUCUAUCUGGCUCGCUGGAGGACUGGCAGGCUCCAUUUCCUGGGUCACGGCAACGCCGGCUGAUGUGGUGAAGAGUCGACUGCAGGCCGACGCUCAGCUUCAGAGGAAAUACAAGGGAAUCUUGCACUGUAUCAUCGACAGUUACAGGACAGAAGGGAUGCAGGUUUUCUUCCGGGGAGCAUCUGUAAACGCCAUCCGAGGAUUCCCGAUGAGCGCCACCAUGUUCCUGACCUACGAACUCUCGCUGCAGUUCUUCAGGAGCCUGUAGGUCAACAACAGAAAACAAACAAACAAAAAAAAAACAGCUGUGUCUUUGAGACGAGAGACAUCAGAAAGUUGAAGAAGUCGAUGAAAACUGAGAUAAAAUAUGAGCUAUAAUCACAGCUGGUUGAUCCGUGAUGGUUUAAGCUAACACCAGGUUGCACAUUUGAAUUAAUGAGAAAAACGACAUCAAAAUCAUCCAUGUUUUUCUGGGUGUUUUCACCUAAACCAGGUUUUUGUCUGAGGACAUUUGUUCACAGUGUGAGAGACAGUCCUGACAUUAAGCAGCAAAUAUAAAAUUUUAUAUUUUACAUUUAUUACGAGCUCACACAGAUGUGUUUGUGAUGAUAGCUAGCUAACUGGGACAAUCGUCCAAACAAGUCCAUUGAAGGUUUAAACUAUUAGCAUAAUAAAGUUAACCAAACAUAACUAGUAACACAUUUAUUUUCUGUUAUUGAUAUACUUUCGGCUUUACUUUACUUAAUACUUUACUUUACUUAAUAUACUUUCUUACGUUCUGUUUUUAAUUUAUAAAUUUCUACUCUAGUAUCUAGAUACUAGUAAUUAACUAACUAGCUACUAGCUAUCUAACUAUAUAUUGUCAGUUGGUUACCCGGUACAAUAGAGAGUAAGCAGCUAACUAACUAGCUAGUUAUCAAUCUAUAUAUUAUCAGUUUGCUAGCUGGUCCAAUACAUUGCUAGCAAGCUAGCUUGCUUGUUUCUGUGUAAACAAGUUAAUUCUUUUCAGAAUCGACAGGAAUAAAUGCUAAACUAUUAGCGCAUUAAGCUAACAGGAGACAAAGCUGUGGAUGAUUUUGGUGUCAAUGUUUUCAUUAUUCUAUCACAUUUUUACAUUUAUUACCAAAGAUCUGUGGUUACUUAAAGGGGAGUGAAGUUAAAUGUUGCACAGAAAAAACUGUUGUCCCUCAGAAUCACACAGUUAUGUAAAUGUGAAGUCUGAUUGUUGAGCGAAAGAUUUAAAAAAUGGAAGUGAGGAUGAAACUAAUGUGAUCGUUCAAAGUUCACAUGAGUUUGAACCUGAAAACAUCUCUUGACCGGCAGUGAAUCCCAUAAUCGAUAUCUUUGGUCGUUUCUCAGAAAAAGGAGGGAACAUUGCACUUUGACGUCAGCAACAUGAGCAAAACAAUUUAAGUCUGAAUUUUGAUUUUUAAUUCACUUUAAUUUUUAGGUUCUUGUUACCGUUUACAAAAACAUUAUAAUCCAAAAAUAUCAGGUACUUGUUAUUUGUUUUUGCCGCUUGAAUCCGUGUCAUGUUGACUCUUACACUGCACAAAGUCUGAAUGUGCCUCACAUGUUAGCAUGCACUUGUAUAUAUUGUUAUAUUAUAUUUUUGUGUUUCUUAUAUUAAGAAAAGUGGGUUUUAUUUGUCGAUUUUGACUUAAAACAUGAGCUUUGUCAAUCAUACUUUUAAAAGAGUAGUUCAAGUGUGGCCAAAUAACAAAAGGCCCAACCAAUCACAUCAAUGUCACUUAAAGUCUAUUACAUUUUAGGAAAAUUGGAAUUCUUAAACGACUCACUCUCCCACACCAAACUCCAUAGAGAAAAUCGUUGAUUUUAGCUCAUGUAGACACAGGAGCUGCUGGUCUACUGCUGCCUCUUGUGGCCACUUUGUGUCACUGAGUUAAUCUGAACAAAGAAUUUCAAACCCCGAAUUUAAAAAAUAACAUAUUUGAACUUACUGAUGGAGGCAGCAGUGGAUGGACAACUCCUGUGUGCUGUGAUGUCAAAAUUGCUGUAUUUCUCUAUGGACUCUGGUGUGGAAGAGUUUAUGGUUCACAAACUUCAGUUUCCUGGUGAAAAAGUUUCUCCCUGCAAAAUAAAGUGGAGAACAUAGUGUUAGGAUACUGUAGACAUAAGCAGGCAUAGAUUUUUUUUUGGGUGACCUUUAAAUUUAAAUCGACUGAAUUUAGAAACAGGCCAGUAUAACACAGGGUUACAAUAUUAUUGCUAUUUUGUGCGUAUGCAGCAUAAACAUGGUCACAGUCACAGCUUGUGACACACACACAGAAUAUGUUUACUUUUCAUCUGAAAUGACUAAAAUAUUCGUUUUUAAUGCAGGAAAUGAUUCAUCUGCUCAUUUUAAAAUGUGAAUAUGUAUUUACCUGCCUUACAGUUGUAUUUCUUGUCAUGUAAAUACUUGUACAUACAUACAUAUAUGUACAUAUAUAUGUAUAUAUAUACAUAUAUAUGUAUAUAUAUAUACACAUAUAUGUAUAUCUCUGUAAUCUGCCAUUCCAGAAGUGUCUUAUAUUGUACAUAGGGCAAUAAAGCUUUUUGAACACA